AUGUCACGUGGGGGCUUUGGUGAGUCGCGGCCACCUACAUAUGGCUCACAAUCAUCUGGUAUUGUCGGUGUGAGCUACGGUCACCCUUCAUCAAGAUAUCAAUAUGGCGGUAAGAUAUAUUGCUUAUUUCAUCAAGUUAUUGCCAGAGUAACAGGUCAAGUUGCAUUUCAUAUUUCAUCAAGUUGACACAAAAUCAAUCAGAUUCUUCAAGCCACUAACGGUCCCCAACUAUGCACAUGAAAAUGCACAUGAAAAAUAUUCCUUAUUCGAAACAAUGUCACCAUUGGAAUAUUAUGGUAUUCAAUUUCAAAGUGGAAUUUUGAUUCCAGUAAUCAAAUCCAUUUGUGAUUAAUGAAAUUUAGUCCUGAAUAAUAAGUGACACUUACUGAGCAUUUUGACUAUAAUUUAUUCGCCUUAAGUUUGCCAUUUUAUUCACUUCAGGUGGAGAGAGAUUUCAGAACCUUAGUGAUAAUGUCAGCAGUAACAUCUUCCAGAUUAACAGUAACAGUAAGUGUAUUACUAGUUGUGCUAUUGUUAACUGUCAACGAGCAAAGGUUUUACCUAUAUGCACGCUGUUCAAUUUGUUUAGAAAUGUCAUGAAUUACAGUAAUUUAUGAAAAGUAGAUUGAACUUAAUUCAAUUGCAUAAGCGAAAAUUAACUGCGAAAAUUAACUUCAAAAUAGUACAAGCAAGGGGCACAUACACCAACCCAUGCAUGCCCACAGCCAUAUCACACGGGCAGUAGAAGCCAUGGACCAGCUGCUUGGCAAUUAUUGGGACUCACCAGCAUGGUAUAGCUGUCAGGUCAAUGAACGGGAAAAACCCGUGUCUCAAAGACCCUCUACUGCCGCGAGGUGAGUGCAAAGCACUCCUUUAAGCACCAGCUCCACACAACACAUGUGGGAGCUGUUGGCUGGGAACCGCUGGGCAGUUCUCCCACGACGUGUGUGGGGGAGACGGAUCAUGGGUUGGUGUAUGUGUGCCCCUUGCUUUAAGUUUGUCUUUUGAAAAUAGUGAACUAAACUGUUCUACUGCAUAAAGAAUUAAUUUUGAAGUCCCAACUUUAUGUAGCAAAUUUUUUGAGAUAUCGAAGUUCGUGUUUUUGUCUGAAGUUGCACACGUCAUUUUGCAUAAAAUUUAGUGGUCUUGUAAGCCAAUGUAGAAUCCUUGAAAAAUUGCAUUCAAGUCCACGAAUAAUCAGUGUACAGACUUAUAUUUGGUCUCUAAGAUUUAUGGUGCGUCAAUAAAGCCUUCCGACUUAUUUUGCUUCAAAGACAAUCAAUUUUACAACAUUAUUUUUCUUGGCGGCAGGCAAUAAAAAAUUCCAGUGGGCAAAUGCGACAGCUAUUGCAUAUGAUGCAAAUGAAUAUCCACCCGACUAUUGGUUGAAGACGGUAUGAGCACAGGACUCACAAACACGCACAUGGCUUGUGGAUUCUAUGUUCUGUAUCACUUGUUCACUCAAAAACAAUGCAUUCUCUGUUCUGCAUUAUGUCAUGAAAAUUGCCUUAAAUUACUACAUGUUACAUCAAUUUGAGAUCUUUUCUGCCUGAGGAACAAUCGCGCACUGCUCUAUUAGGCUGUAACCUUGCAGCCUCGCAUCUUUGCGAGGCUGCUCAUUGGCAAUUAUAUGAGAAGAAUGCUUAUAAUUAUUUAUCCAAGACAUUUCUCCAUUUGUGAUAGGCCUAAAUCCCCCGGCUUCAUAACCAGCUGCAGUUGACCAAAUUUGGAAGACGUCAACAAAAAUUCAGUAAAAUUGUAACGUCAAUAGUAUAGGCUAUAAUUGCUAGAAAAAAAGGACAACAACUUGGGAACACUGAGGAUGAGGUUGCAUUAGCUCAGUUGUUUUCGUGUGUUGGGGUUAGAUGGUAGAAAGUUUCACACAUGUUACAAGGAAAAAUACCAUUUUUCUCAAAUGAGUGCCCACCCCCAUAUUUAUAUUGCACAUGGCGCUUAUUGGAAGCAGGUGGCUUCCUUUCAAUGAACUGAAACUUUAUUUUGACUAAAUCUAAAAAAAUACAACAUUAUUGACGUAAAUGUUAAGCCUAUACUAAUGUAUUAAUUUUUGGUUGUUAAAACAGUGGAUGGUAAUCAAGUGUAGCAUAGUCCGAUAAACACUUUGCACACAUGUACAUUUAUUGGUAUGCUUGUUUAUAAAAAUUUUGAUUAUCUCACUAUCUGCAUCAAAAUUAAUAUUGAUUCUUUCAUCAAUAAAAGUGGAGUUGAGGUGGGCACUUGUUAGAGCAUGUGUGCUUAUUUGAGGAAAUACAGUAGCCAAACUUCUGCCUUAAAACACAGCAAGGUACUGCACAAGGCAUAUGGACCCAUCAUUCACAUCCACUGUUUUAUGUAUUUUUUAAGUACCCGAUGACCUACAUGUAUUCCCUCUCAAAAAUGACUCAAAAAAUGGAGAAAUUAUUGAAGCUUUCUGAAUAUCAUUCUUUGUGCAAAAAAAGCUGAGAAACAGCAAAUGUUAAAAGGAUAGCCAAGAGGGUUUUACUUGAAUGGUCCCACUGAAGGAUUUUGUGCACAAAUUUAAAUUUUAACUAGACAUAUGUGUCUUGCAAUACCUCACAAAGCUUAGGGAUAAAGACUAAUUUUCAGUGGCAGAAACAAGAAACAAUCGUUGGAAAUAUGUUCUAAACAUCUACUCAUAAAUAAUAGUCGUAUUGAAAUAAAUUGUAAGGACUAAUCCUAAACAAGCAAUGGGACCUCCACUUAAAUUAAAAUAUAAUUUCCUACAAGAUAAACAAGCAAUAGGUAUAAUUUGGCAAAAAUCUCCCUGCAGGUUCUUAUUUAUAGGAAAUGCAACAUGUGGCCCACAGAUUUUGAAUUAAAUCUAAAUUUCCUUUGACUCUUAGCUGCAGCUCUGGAACGGACUCUUAAACAAUUGUCACCAGGAAAAGAUGGCCAGGAAGAAAAGCUGUAAGUCAACUUGUUAAUAUUUAUUCUUAUUCAGAUGGAUGACAAAUUAUGCCCUUGUGGAAUGGAGCCCAUCCAUCAGGAUUGGUACUUGUGUGUCUGCUAUAUAGAGAGUCAAGAUUGGAAAGGACCAAUUCUAGGUGUCUGAUUUUAUGGGAAACAUGUAAGAAUGAGGCUGUUUCUUCCUUAAAAUUAUGCCUUCAUAAAGCCAUCUUAAAAAUUACAGAACUUUAACGUCAGUUUACAGGUCCUCUUAUUUCUAACAUUUUUUGAUUAUUUCCUUACAGCCACAGAAUACAACUAGCAACCAAUGACUUGACAACAAAAACAACUGCAUACUUGAAAGAAAUGAGUUCUUUGUGUGUUGGAAGCAGCCCAAGUGCUGUAAGUUUACAGUGCACAUUAUUUUUUGUUGUUAUCUAUGUGGCCGGAGGGUGCUUAUAAAAUUUUCCAAUUCAAGUGCUUGGCGACAGGGGAGAGGUGCUUAUUUCCUUGUUUUGAUUUCAGCCUCCAACUGAACCAAGUCUGGUUUGAUUGUCUAUGUUACAUACACCUUAAAUGCCCUUUCAUUGUCCUGUAGAGUGAGGGUAUAAGCGUGAUAUAAUCUGCUGAUAUUUGACACCACCCCUGAUGCAGCUUGUCCCAAUCACUUUCCCUGCAUGAUUUUAUACAUCUCAUGUGAUUCAAAUCCAUUCAGGCGAAAGAAGUAGACCUUGCUACUUUGGCGCCUGCUUGGUUGCUGUGUAGUGCGUGACCUCAUUGAAGCCAGCUUCACUCGCUUUUCAAGUACCCAAAGCUCGCUUUGCUCACGUUUAAGAACUUAUGAGAGGUCAACUUGUAGCAAGUCUGAUUGUCCUCUUGUCACUAUGUGCCAGUUGUAAUUUCAAUCGACUUCAAUUUCUAUUAUCACUCACCUCAAAGAAAGGGAUGUUUUCUGACAAUGUGAUGCCUUCAAAUAGGUCAUUCUUGAAACCUGUGUCAAGCACCUGGUUCUCAUUUUUGAGGGCUACGUCUAUCAAUAGCCUUCCCCUUUUAGCACCUGCCACACGGGCUAAUCUAUCAUAAACAGGGGUCUUCAUAUUGUUAACAAUGUCCUCUUUUAAACUGUGUAGUUAUAAUGAUUAUCUCAGGGGUAUAAUUAUUGUUACUUUUACUUACAUCUCCUUUGGUCUUUGGCCUUGGAAGAUGAUACAAACCUCAGCCUUGACAAGAGCUAGAGCUAAGGCUAUAUAUUGGCUGGUAGGGCGACCUGUGUUGACCCAUGGGCAAAGACUAGAUGUCACUUAACCUUGGGGUAUUGAGCAUAUACAAGCGCUGAUGACCCUGCCCUGUAAAACGCCACAUGUUUCAGAAAGCGAAACGACCUUUAGAGUGUCUUCUGCCAUGAAGAGAAAUGAUGAUGAUGAUGAUGAUCUUUUAGUAUUAAAGAAAAUUACAUUCUUUCACUUAUUGUCAUUACCGACUGUACCAUGGUUUUUUUUACUUAUAUAGAGACAACAGCGUGUACAACACGAGCGACUGAAGGGUGAAUUUAGAGAGUCCAUUUCACGUUAUUAUUCAGUGCAAAAUGUAAGUUGCAAUUCUCUUUAAAUCUUCACAAGUCUAAGCGGUGAAUAUUUUUACUUUUUUUUCGGCUGGGGGAGUGAGGAGGGGGCAUAAAUAACUGAGUAAAAUAUAACUAGUUAUUGGCUUUAAUUUAUUGUGUAUUGUGAGGAGGGACGAAUUGUGUUCACUUGUUUAAACAUUCUGGCUACAUGAUUCACGCUUCCUUUGGCUUAGUUUGGAAUGUUACAAACCAUGACCAACAAUACCCCGUUUAUGGGAGCUGUGCCACGAAAUUUAUCAAACUUCAAACGUUGAGAACUGCCGCCAAAUUGAGUGAAAUAUGAACAUGACCUCUCACAACAUUAGAGGAAGGUAUAAAUAACACAAAUAUAAAAGAAGGCCUGGAUGGCGAAACUUUGAAGAGAAUUAAAACGGAUAGGAAUUGUGGCUUUUGAAAACUUUUUAGCCUAACAGUAUUUCAAAGUUCAUUUUGUCAUACCUUUAAUAUAAUACUAGUGCAACACAUUUGUUGGUCACAAGGCUGUUAUUUUGUUACAGGUAGUUUCUUUACUAACGUUGAGUUCCAUAGCGAACGAGGACGCGUAAUGGCCAAUAUUGGAAAAAUUAACCAGACAGUCGUGACACGGCUCCUUAACGUUCUCCCUCUAAAUUGUCCCCUGAUAGCAGCUUGAUGCACCGGGUACAGUGGUAUUCCUUGAAGGUUUGAGUUGGUGUUCCUGUGACACAAAUUCCUUGAUCUUUGAGAAUUGAGAUCAAUAUUUGCGUUGCAUUUUUUGCCCCAAGUGAUAAUAGGAACUUAAGAUUCAAAGAUUUUUCGCGUAUUCUCCAAAAAUCGACGCCCCGGAAUGCUCCAUUGUCUUUCUUUUUUCUUCUUCACCAGAAAGGUUAGCUCUGUUAUCUUUAUUGAAGGAGGUUAAACCCUCUCCCGAUCGAAAAAUGAGAAAAAUUUCUAACGUUUGAUAACUUGUUUCCGCCACUACGGCUAUAACUUGUAGUAAAAUGACGACGGCUAUCACGUUUUCCCGCCAAAAGGACCCUGGUUCACGCGCGAACAAUACUCAGUAUUUAGAAGAUCUCCCUCUUGUAGUCGUUUUCGUCUUAGAAUCUAAAGGUCCCUAUUCUCGCUAAAACUUGUAGUAAAAUUACGACGGCUAUCAAGUUUUCCCACAAAACGCGCGCGAACUAUUUUGUAUUUAGAAAAUCUGGUCCUCGUAGUCGUUCGUCCUCGUCUUAGAAUCUAAAGGUCUCUUUUAAUGUCAAGAUUAUUCUUUGCAGAGAGUUGUUGAAAAGGAAAAGCUACUGGUUGGCUCUACAAGACCUUCGCAGGUAACUUACCUAUGAGCGCUAAACAUUGAUAUAAUGAAGAGAUACUUCUACAAGGAAGAGUGCUGUUUUGCCAUGCCUUACUUCGCUUUGUUUUUUUUUUUUUUUUUUUUUUCCGAUCUACUUUUCGGUCCGUGCGGUUAACAGUAGAGAAGAAAUAUUAAAGAUUAAAGAUUACCCACUGAACGACCCCCCACCAUUUUUGUGUGGUUGGUCAUCAGUACCAGGAUCUUCCUAGCGCAAGCAGUUUACAUAGUGCUAGGAUCUUCGUAGUACUAAGACUUUCCUACCUCUCAGCUGGGAAAAUCCUAGUACAAGGAAGAUCGUAACGCAAGGGACAAGUGCAGCUUUUUGCAUGUAAACUGAAUACAGAGAGGAGAAGUGUGACGUCACAUUACCAUGGUAGCACUAUUUCUGGAUGACAACAAAACCAACGACGAUGGCGACGUCAAGAAGAACGGCAAAAAAUAAUUAUUAUUGUUUAUAUUAACGAACAACAACUUUUCACGUCAAUCACGCUAUAUUGUACAUUUCUUUGCUGUCGUUGCACCACUACGACAUGAAACUUCCUAAUUUCGCGAGCCCGCUUUAUGGACUAGGUGAACACAACACAAAAAUUGUUGCUUUCUUUUUUAAAACUGAGAUAACGAUAGAUACGGUCCCAAAGAAAAUUUCGCCAAGAUUUGCCAAAUUAAAUGAAAUUGAAUAAGAUCGGUGAAGUUUGAAAUAGUGCGAAUAGACUUUCAAGUAACUUCAUCCAAAAAUUUUGCUACCAUGGCAACGUGACGUAACGACUUCUCCUCCAGUAAUCAAAGUCCCGUAAUAACUGUAGCAUAGAAUGGUAAAUUGAACCUCUUUUAAGCGGCUGCGGCCACAUUUUGGCCGUCCCAACGAGGGUUCUUCUAUUGUUAUCACCUGUAUUAAGCGGCCACCAAACGCUUGAUUCACUUAGUUUGGCCUUAUUUCAAGAAUAUGAUGAAGUGAUAUACCGAGUCCGAGAUAGAAGGUGACGACCAAUUGUGGACCAGUAAUGCUGCUCCCGUGUUGUGUUUGUUUCAAAAUAAAGUGAAGCUUCUGCCAAAGGUUAUGCUUAUUUCUGACGAACCUCUAUUCAGCGACCAACCUCCACUUGUCAAUACUCCCGGAGGAGGGUACUCCCUUAUAUAGGCUAUAUAGGUAUGUGCUGCCCCAUCGGGUAUGGUUUUUGAGGGAACUACGGGAGUGUAUGAACGUAUUUAUCGUUUUAAUUCCAAAUGAGUAAGAAAGAAAGAGAAAUAUGCGAAUUCAAAAUGGAUUUGAAGUAUUUUUUUCGUUUGCGCUCUAAUCUGAGUAAUGAUAACAUAAUUUCGGCCUAAAGCCCAGGCCCCAGUUGUUCAAACGUUGGAUUGCGCUAUCCACCGGAUAAAUCACUAUCCAGCGGACAGCGUAAUUGGUUUCCCUAAUACUUAUCCAUUGGAUAGUGAUUUAUCCGGUGGAUAGCGCUAUCCAACGUUUGAACAACUGGGGCCAGGUCUGAAAACGGCUAUGGAGUUAGAGGUCUGGUCUGAAAACGGGUGUGGAAAAUCUGAAAUAGGGUCAGGAUUUGGAGAACCGGGCGGCUCACCCCCACCAAGAAUUUCAAGGAGUACCCCCCCCCCCCGGGUCAAUACCCUGAGGGUGUCGGGCCACUUAAUGGAGGUUCAAGUGUACAGAACACAUAUGGCGUUCAGAGGAUGAUCCACCGACAAGGAUCUUCCUAGUGAUUGGAUCUUCCUCCCUUCAUGUAUACAGUCCCUUAGUAAACAAGACUUGACUGAACCACGUGUUUUACAGUUGAACCAGAACAAGAUGACCUGGUUUAAUUUACAGUUAUUGAAGUCUUGUUAUAUUUGAGAAGUACACUGUAAAUCAUGCUACGCCUCUGUCGUAAUAGAAUUAUAUGCAUGCUUUAUUGACCAAAAGUGAGGUUAAAGCAUGAAGAUUAAGAUUUAUUACUUCGGCUUGGGCAGCGUUUUUAAUAAAUAAACGUUUAUUGUUCGUUGAAUGUUAUGUAGAGACAAGACAGUAGCAGAUUUGAAGACGAUUUUGGAACUGAAAACCGUGGCUUAUUGGAAGAUGAUCGUAGAAGGUACAGUAGUGUAAAACCCUUGGGACGUUUAGGAAACUCCUUUUAGGAUAUUUGAUCUUAAGGCUGCGAAUAUUUGCGGUACCUUAGAUGUUAAUUUUGCUAUUUUGUAAAGAUUGAGUUCAAAGCAGGGCAAAUUUUCGAGUAAGAAUUAAUGCGUGUAUUUCACCGUGCGAAAUGCUUAACUAUCCAGUGGCGGAUCCAGCGUGGGGGGGGGAGGGGGGCGCCCCCCCCCCCCUUAUUUUUAGACCAAACUGAGGCCCGAUGGUCUGGAUCCAGCACUGCUAUCCCUUUUUAUAGUAACUAGGCUGAAAUUAUUGAGCUGGUUUUUACACGCUCCCUGUUCACAAGGCAUAAAAUAAGAUCGGGAUACACCAGACAACAUGUCGCUGCAACGCACACGGCGGCAACAAAUCUCUUUUUGUGUACAGCUCCGCCCUAAGUUUCUGCGACGAGUUGCGCGACACUUGGCAGCGACAAAUUGCUUCGUGUGCACUGGACAAUUUUUGUAGAAAUCUUUCUCUCAGCAACAGAAUUUUGGCGCCGCAACAAGUCGCACAAAUUUAGUCGGAUUUGAGAUUGUGCGACUUGUGCAGCGGCAAAAUUUUCUUGCGGAGACAAAACUUUUCACAAUAAUUCUCCAGUACUGUACACGCGAAGCGAUUUAUCGCUGCGUGCGACGUGAUGUUUCAACUUGUUGCCUAGAGUGUUCCCACCUUAAAUCAUCAUAUCUACAGGCAGGGACAGGAACAGAUGAAUGUGCAGAUCGACAUUGAUGAAUCACUGAUAAGGGAACGGGAAGAUAGAAUAAGACAAAUAGAGGUCAGUCUACUUCAUUCUCUUAAAUAGAAACUUUCCUCCCUGGGUGAAUGUUUUUACUUAGACAUAUCAGUGCGCGCGUUUAUCUAUUUCGAUGUCUAAGAAGAGACGCCCUGAGUACUUCUACCUUCUCUUAAUCCUGAACGUUCACUUUGUAAAAUGUUGAAGCUGAAACAAAUUGUACCUGUUCAAAGUUCUACCAAAGGGGUUUCAUGUGGAUGGUCACACAAAAGAAUUUUAACUACACACUCAAAAGUUAGAGCUGAUAUACAGGACUCCAUCAUACACCAGGCAAUGUUAAUACCGGUUUGAUCGUAUUCGAGGUUAACGUUCUCAGAAAGGUCGCUAGACGACUCUUCUAGUCAGAAAAAAACUGUCGUACCAACAAGGUGGACGUAUUCUGGCCAGUGUGGUCUUUUGGCGGGGAACCCUCAUACUUGCAGAGCCCUUUGCUUUUUCUCGAUCUUCCAUUACGUUUUGCAGCAGAUACAAGCUGCGACAAACUUUAUUCUUCCCCCGAGAAAUUGGAGGUUUUAUCACAGACGUAUUCUAUUUCUAUCUAAGACUGCAAAGAGCCUCUAAACAGCGUUCCUUUUCUAAUAUUCUACAUGUUUGUUUAAGUAGGGUGAUAUCCUUGAUAUCAAUGAGAUAUUCAGAGAUCUAGCGACUAUGGUUUAUGAACAAGGUGAUGUAAUUGGUAAGUCAGAGGUUUCUUGAUCGCAGUAUAUUAUAACGUUUGCGAUAAACAUUCUAAUUUUAUGCCUCAAGCUGACGAGAGUAAUUUUUAAAAAAAGGUUCGGCAGCAACACUUAGUCGUAGAAAGUGAUAAUGUUUCAUUGCUAAAAGAAGUGGGAGGGUGAACAUUCAUCAGCAGAAUGGCACUUUUUUGAAACCUGCCCUCAUUUAGUUUCAUAAUAUUUUAAGAAAGAUUUGUUUCUUGAAAUGAUAUUAUUUUAACUGUUGUUUCUUAUAAUUUUGAGUAACGAUGAUAAUGAUAUUACGUGUACGUACUAUGUAAUCGUCAGUACAGGGUGUCUUAAAAUUUCGUGCCCUCGAAUUUAACUAGUUAGCUUUUGGUUAACUAGCUACUUCCUGUUAAAAAGUUUAGGAAUUUCUUUUCUCAUGUGUACUCUGUCAUUAGAGAGCUUUAGAUUCGAGGACGAACGAGAUUUUCUUAAUACAAAGUAGUGCACGCGCGUGAGCCAGCGUCAUUUUGGCAGGAAAACUUGAUAGCCGUCGUCAUUCUGCAACGGGUUUUAGCGAGAAUAUUUAGAGGGCUUAACCUGCUCAAUAUAAAUAACCGUACUAACUUUUUUGGUGAAAAAAAGUAAAAUGAAACUUUCCGGGGUGGCUUUUUUUUAGAACGGGCAAAAACUUUCAGUUAAAUCUCGUACUUGUAGUUGUUCUCGUUCUUAGCCUGUGCCAGGCGCUCUGAUAGUAUAGUGGGGACGUAUUAAAACGAGCAAAGCGACUUUUCAUGACUCUCUUGGAGCCUGGAACAGGCUCUCUUGUCCUCAAAUCUGAAGCUGUCUAUUGUUAAGAGUUUUGGUUGUCAGUUUGGCUUUUCCGAGUUGCCCCCAGCUCUGUUUCAGAGCAAGGCUAAGUGCGAAGCCAUUGUGAUUGAUAUGAAAAUAAUUUUUUAUUCUCAGGCAAAUAAAACUCAUUUUCACAAAGAAAGGUUUUGCACUUACUCUCGUUUUGAAAGUGAGAGUUUUACGAACUCGGAAAUGGCACACUGAUUACCAAAACAUUUCUAGCUUCCGGGGCAAAAUAAAAAUAUAUAUAUAUAUAUAUAUGAACAUUAUAUACGAACUAGACUUUAACUAUUUCGUAAGAAAACGUUUUUAGUGUUCGGAGAUUAAUAAAACCCGGGAGAUAAGGGAUGUCAUGAGCUUUUGUAACACCCCUGCAUAUACCCAAUGGAAUAGACAUAUAUAUGUAAGGUAAGGAGAAAUAGAAAAUCUUAAGAAAAAUAUCCUCACUUUUGAACAACAUCCUAUCUACCUUUGUAGACGUGGUCAAAUUUCACUAUCACACUUAAAGUUUGAUUGGUUUUAUUUCAGAUUCAAUUGAGGCCAAUGUUGACCAUGCAGCCACCAAUGUAGAAGGUGCCAAUGUUCAAUUAGGCAAAGCAAGCUUAUAUCAGGUGAUAUACCAGUACUUUAAGCAGUAAGCAAGAAGGGUUUUCUCAUCGAAAAAAAAAAUUAAAUUUCGUCAAGGUCAGGGAACAGUCAGGAAAAACUUGGUCUGGUCCUUGGCAAAGUCAAGGAAGUCAGAUAAUUUUAAUUUCAGCUUUCCGCGGGGUUUUGUGUAUACUAUAUCAUCAAUAUUUUUUGUGGUUGAUUGAUUUUGAUCUUCUCCUAAUCCUUUUAAAAUAUUCGGAACUCUAGGAAAAAUCAUUAAGCCGUCGUUAAGAGAUCCGUCGACAAGAGCUACUUUUUCUGACCUGUAAGAAAAAGCGAAAAGUAUUAAUCAUUUUCUCUGGGAAAAUAAUCUAGCGGUCAGUUAAAAGUUUGUGAAAAAUCAGGACGAAUAUUUUUUUCCCGAGUCUAGUAACUUUCUCAAAUUAAGACUAUCACACUUAACAAUCUUUGUAUUCUCUUUUACAGAAAAAGGCCCGAACCAAGAUGUGCAUUUUACUCAUUAUUCUUCUGGUGGUUGCCGGUGUUAUCACCUUAAUUGUUGUUUUAACAAAUAAGUGAUCAUUACAGCACAUUCAUCGUUCAGGGUGUUUGUCCAAAGAACGGUGUCCCAAGUGCCAAUAGUGUCAUAAUCGAACCACUGAAAUCUAGCCUGUUCCAGGAUUUCAGAUCGUAGAGAUGGCGCAAAGAGAUGCGAAUAGAAAAAAACUUCCUCCUUAUUUUUCCCGUUCUCUGACUUCGCGCCACACUCCACUAUCUGAACGCUUAAGCAGGCUAAUUAAAAUUAGUGCGUCGAUAUUCAAAGGAACGUAGAUACACAUGAGCCUACUUCCUUACUUAGCAGGGAGUAAAAAUUUUCCGAAAAAUUCAUUUAAUAGAUGUAGUAUUUUUUGGGUUGUUUCAAUGUGAUGGGUUGAUUGGUUCAGUUUCGACUGGCUCAGUUUCCAUCUGUACUCACGCCUGGGUUGACUUCGCCUGCAGGCUACAGGCAAUCUAAUGCCUGACCUGCGAGCAAGCUCUUCAUCUGAGGAGUCGCGAAAAGUCACGCGAAAGGAGACGCGAGUGCGCCAUAAAGGCGAUGUUACACUGGACGAUUCGCAUCAAAGAUUUUUAGUGUAACAUAGCAUUACAACACUGUUAAGACUUGCCUAGUGCCUAGGCCUCAUUUUUCCUCGCGGCCAAAGCGUUUCGGGUCACGUGGUCCAUGGGAAAAUGUUUCCCGCCCGUUCGCCUCGGAUACGUCACCGAAACGAAUUGACCGAGAGGGACUGGGAAAACGCCGUACAGGGACUAGGCAAUGUUAAGACAUUGUUUUGAAUGGUUGCAAUAUUGUUCCAACAUUGCAACGAUGUCUUGCGCUUGAAAUCGUUCGUUACGACUCGUCUCGUGUAACAUAACCUUUAAGGGAGAGCUUGCUCGCAGGCUAUCUAAUGCCCCAUUCACGCCAACUAGACAUGUCAGUUAAUUAAACUAGAGUAAAAUAGAAAAGAAAAAGAGCGGAAAAUUACAUCACAGGCUUUCACACAGAAUUCAAAUGAACUAUGACAUGUUACAUAAUUGGACUCACUUUUCCAUCAAUAAAAGAACAGUAAGCAAUUUUUUUAAUGAAAACAAAUUUAAACCGCGUUUAACGAAACAGCUCUUUGUACAUGUAUUGCUAUCAAGGUUUAGGUUUUUGUUAGCAGUGCUAGUUUUCUACUUUCAAUUGUGGUCUCCAAUGGCAUCGAUAGCCAAACAAGUUAUACAGUCUAACUGACCUCUCAACCACAGCUAUCUUGGCGGGGCAAAGCGUGCACGGGCCUUCGUAGAGAGGUCAAAACAGCUAGAAGAGGGUCUAUCCGCUGGGACGAAAAAAGGAUGGCGUUGUUAAAAAGAUGGCCGGGAGAAGAGGUUCGACUGUACAUUGAAGUCCGCUAUUCAUCAACGAUGUUUUUCCCCGAAUGAUUCCUCAUCUUAUGCCGUACAUUUUUGACAGUAGUCUCAUAAUAUGGGGGAAAUUUCAUAUCUAAUACGAAAAAUGAUUCAAA